UCAUUUAUAGAUAACCUUUUAAUUUAUUUUAGUGUUACUUAUUUUUCUGCAACCUCAAAAGUCAAAGUUUUCUACCUACUCUGUGUCUUCCAUUAUCUAUUCAAACAUGGCGGUGCGGUACACUGUCGCACAAGCAUAUUGCAUUUCUCCAAUUUAUUGAAAUUAAAAGUAUUAGGAGGAAUCAUGAAAAGGGAAGAAUCUUUAACUCUCUCAACUAUUCUGUUUUCUUUGUUGAUCUUUCUGUUCAUUGCUGAAAUACAAGCGAGAAAACUUGUACUAGUGUGUUCUUCUUCAUGUGGAGACAUCAAAAACAUAAGCUACCCUUUUCGCCUGAAGGGCGAUCCAGUCGUUUGUGGCGAUCCAGACUAUAAACUUUCCUGUCAGAACAACAAAACCAUCCUGCAACUCUAUUCAGGGCAGUAUUAUGUGAAGAGAAUUUCCUACAAUGAUCAAGUGAUCAGUGUUGUUGAUGUUAACUUAGCCAAUGGAAGCUGCAGCCUUCCAAACAAAUUUCUGCGACAAGAAAUUUUCAGAAGCAUAUUCAACUAUGAUAAUGGCUUUCAAGGAUUCCAAGUAGCUGAUCGAUACACCUAUGCCAAUUAUAUGAACUGCUCCGGCAAUAUCAAUGAUUCGAAUUAUCAAAGAGUUCCUUGUUUGAGUACAAAUCAAUCUCAAAUUUAUGUCAAUUAUGGGGGUAGAAGUUUAUCUGAACUGCCAGACUUAUGCUAUUUCAUUGCAGUGGUUCCUAUCCUUCGUACAGAUGCACAGUUUUCUUCUUACGAAACCAUCAGGAAGUUGCUUGAAGCAGGCUUUGAACUUCACUGGUCAGUUGAGUGCAAGAAUUGUGUUGAUGCUGGUAGCUUUUGCUUUUUGAAUGUGGACACUUUAACUUGCCCAGAAAACACUUAUUUUUAUCUAUCGCAGAAUGUUUAUUUCAUUUCAGCACAGUAUCUCUUGGAGCUUGCAGUGGUACUACAUCUUAUUGCUAGAUUUAUCAUUGCUCCGUUAGUUUUAUUCGCGUUCCUGAUCCACAAAUGUAGAGCAACACGGAAGACAGUUGACAAUGUGGAGAAAUUUCUGCACAAACAGCAAUCCUGGAUGCCUAAAAGGUUCUCUUAUUCUGAGCUAAUGGCAGUGACAAACAACUUCAGAGACAAAUUAGGCCAAGGGGGCUUUGGAUCAGUUUAUAAAGGACAACUUCAUACAGGUUCCUUGAUUGCUGUUAAGUUGCUGGAAAACUCUAAGUUCAGUGGUGAGGAAUUCAUAAAUGAAGUCUCUACAAUCGGUAGAAUUCACCAUGUUAAUGUUGUAAAGUUGGUAGGAUUCUGUUCAGAGGGAUCUAACCGUGCACUUGUAUACGAGUUUAUGCCUAAUGGAUCUCUUGAUAGGUAUAUCUUUUCGAAAGAAAGCAAAAGGCAAUCAUUUAGCUGGGAGAAACUCCAUGAGAUUGCUUUAGGAACAGCUCGUGGAAUUGAGUAUCUACAUGGAGGUUGUGAUGUCUGCAUUCUUCAUUUCGACAUUAAGCCUCAUAAUAUCCUGUUAGACGAUCAUUUCAUCCCAAAAGUUGCAGAUUUCGGCCUUGCAAAAUUUUAUCCGAAAGAGAAUGAUUUUGUGUCAGUAAGCACUACAAGAGGAACAAUAGGUUACAUAGCCCCUGAGUUAAUUUCAAGGAAUUUUGGAGCUGUCUCUUGCAAGUCAGAUGUUUAUAGCUUUGGGAUGUUGUUGUUGGAAAUGGUUGGAGGAAGAAGGAAUUCUGUCAUGAAGGCAACUCAUUCAAGUAGAGCAUACUUUCCGUCAUGGGUAUAUGACCGAAUAAUUGAAGGAGAAGAUUUAGAGCUCCCAAAUGUUUCUGAAACUGAAGAUGUCAUAGCCAAAAAACUCUGUAUAAUUGGGUUAUGGUGCAUUCAAGUGACGCCGGCGGAUCGUCCUUCAAUGAUCAAAGUUAUGGAAAUGUUAGAAGGAAGCAUUGACGACUUGCAGAUGCCACCUAAGCCUUUCUUUUCUUCUUCUCAACAUAACUCUAUGAGAGAGGUUCAAUCUGAUCAUUCUUCAACGGAGUUGCUAGAAUCCGAUUCAAUAGUGGAGGAAAACUCGUGUAAUGAUACUGAUGUAUAGCUUUGUCAUUGAAAUGUGUCAUAAUAAAACAAAAUCUUCAUCUAUUUUCUUA